AGAAAUCCGACAGCAAGUCGGGUUGCAGAGGAUGCUGUCUCACUUCCCUGAGCUGCUCACCUUCCACUCCUCCGUCUCCUCCGUCUCCUUGCCUCGCCGUCUUGUCGGAGCUCGGAUUCCAGUUCAUUUCAGGGCUCUGACGGUCCUCAGAGUUGGCCCGGGCCUCGUGGAGAGCUCCAACGAUGCCAUCGAUGGGGCUGAUUCCAGCUCCGAGCCGACGAGCAGCUUUGCCGGCGUCAACCUGGUGGAGACGGUGGACACCAAGGCCAGCAAGCUCAGGAUCGACGCGUGGAUCUCCUCUCGCAUACGGGGCAUCAGCAGGGCUCGGGUGCAGUCGAGCAUCCGCGCGGGGCUUGUCACCGUCAAUGGCCGCGUCAUCGAUAAGGUCUCCCACGGCGUACGUGCUGGGGAUGAGAUUAACUGCACGAUAUCGGAGUUGCAACCUCUGAGGGCUGAGCCAGAAGAUAUACCUCUGGACAUAGUGUUUGAGGAUAAACAUGUACUUGUUGUUAACAAACCUGCGCACAUGGUUGUUCAUCCAGCACCAGGAAAUGCAUGUGGAACCCUUGUAAAUGCCAUUCUUCACCACUGCAGUAUUCCGACUGUUGCAUUCUCGGAAAGGGAACUCCUUUCUGAGGUAGAAGAUGCAUCUGAUAGUGAUGAUGAGUCAAGUACUCUUGCUGCAUAUCAAAAUUCUAUGCAAGGAGGCGGUUCUAAUUCAUAUGCCUCCUCUGUACGACCUGGUAUUGUGCACAGGUUGGACAAAGGAACCAGUGGACUGCUGGUUGUUGCAAAGAAUGAGCAUUCCCAUGCCCACUUAUCCAAACAAUUCAAGCUGCACACCAUACAGAGAGUGUACAUCAGCCUUACAUGUGGAGUGCCUUCCCUACUCUUGGGACGUGUUGAGGUUCCAAUUGGUCGUGAUGUGAAAAACAGGGUUCGCAUGGCUGCUAUACCAGGUCCAACUAAUACUGGUCAGGCUCGAUAUGCUGCUAGUAGGUAUAAAGUAAUUGAAGUUCUCGCUGGUGGUAGUGCAGCAUUGGUUGAGUGGAGACUAGAAACAGGGCGUACUCAUCAGAUUCGAGCUCAUGCCAAGCACAUUGGAAUUCCUUUACUGGGAGACGAGGUUUAUGGAGGGACGAGGGGCAUGAUCCUGUCAUUACUCCAGCCCAGGUUUCCACAUAGUUCUCAGGGAAAGCUUUCCCAAUUGGUGUCAGGAUUAGAACGUCCUUGCCUCCAUGCUCUGGCUUUAGGGUUUGAACAUCCCCAGACUGGGAAGAAUACCCAUUUCUCAUGUCAGCCACCUGAAGAUUUUGCCGAGGUUUUGAGCCAGCUCCGGGCGCUUGGAUCUGAUAAGCCUUUGCCGAGGAAAUAAUAUAUCUGUUGGGGAGCUGUCCAAGUUGUAGGAUACAGGAUCUGUAUCGAGGUUUCUUUUAUAUAUCAGAUCGAUUCUUUUCACGGGGCGGUAUAUUGACGCAUUAGGAGCGUAAAAGUCGGAGUGAUAUGCCUUCUGAUAAUGUAUGUCUCUCAAUUGGCUUUUUGAUGCCCGAGGAAAUCUGUAUAAAGUGUGAGAGUGUGAUUGUGAUGACACAGAAUGAUCCAUAUAGUCACUCCCAUUUAGUGGAAAAGUCUCUGCUAUUGUUUGUUUGC